GGGCAAUAGUCAGCUUGCGCAGAAACGGAAUGGCGGAGGUAAGUGAGCGAAAACGAGGAAUGUAAUGACUCAAAUUAUAGAAAAAAUGGACUGAAUUUGAGACUUGUGUCGCUCCGUACGGCACACACGGGUGUCGACGGUUCCGCCGGCCGGUGGACGCCGGCUUAAAGGGAGCUACGGGGGCAUUUUAACCGGGGAGCGGAGGAAGAAAUGGAGAACCUCUUCAGCGUAUCGCCUCUCUCCGCGUUCUUAGCUUUAAAGAGCCAUUCCCUCCGCCUUGAUAGUAAAUCCGUAGAAAACAAUAGGGAGCCCGGCGGGGUCUAACGCCGUGGUGCUGAUCAGGUGCGCCCCGGAAAGAAAGUGGACUUGGUGAAAAAGUUGGGAGAGAUGUCAUGACUUAGCGGCGGUGAACUCUUUCGGAAAUAUUCACAACUAGUUUAUUUCCUUCUUGUGCUGCUCAGUAAGCCGGGGAGAGGAAGAGACGUUCAGCACCAGUCACAGGAAAGCGCCCCUGGUCAGACAGACAGCACCCGGUGGGCGAAAAGCCUCUGAAGACAAGUAUGGAGGUUGUGGCCUAGUAGAGAGCGGAUGAGGUUCAGUGAUGAAGGCCCUCAGCAGGAGACGCAGUCUUAACGGGCCAUAGAGGAGUUGGAGGAGAAGUUUCGCCCCAUGAAGAUGGCAGCGCAGUCCCACACUGCCGGUGAGCUUCCUUUGGAGGAGCUGCUGGCUCUGUACGGCUACACGAUGUCAGAUCCAGAGAAGGAAACCUGUCACAUGGCUGCCAGCCUGCCAGGCAUGACACUGGACAAAGAUCAGAUAACUGAGGAUCUCUUUCCUGGGGAGGAGGAAGAAGAAUCGUCAGCUGAUGAUCUCACCCCCUCAGUCACCUCAAACACCUCAGAUCUGCUCCGCCGCCUCCAAGGUGGAGACAAAGACACAUUAGUCAGCUCAUCAGAUGAGGACUCUGACAACGCCUCGAUUCCCUCCAAUGAAGAGCACAAGGAGAUCAUGGUUGGCUCAAAGUACCAGGCAAAAAUCCCUCCACUCUGCUCGCACACCUACCAGGAGAGAGCCUGCAGCAAUGAGGACCAGUUGCUGUGGAGGCCAGGUGUUCUGCCUGUGCAGGAAGUGGAGGAGUUCCUGCUUAAUGCACAGAGAACAUAUGCUCAGGAGGGGGCACCAUUCACACAAACACACGGGCACACUGUCCGAGACAACCAACAGGCACUGUAUGAAUUAGUGAAAUGCAACUUCAAUGCAGAAGAGGCACUGAGACGAUUACGCUUCAAUGUGAAAGUGUUCAGUGAAGAGCUUUGUGCCUGGAGCGAGGAGGAGUGCAGGAGCUUUGAGCACGGCUAUCGGGUUUACGGGAAAAACUUCCACCUCAUUCAGGCUAAUAAGGUACGAACGCGCUCCGUUGGAGAGUGUGUGGAGUAUUACUACAUGUGGAAGAAGUCUGACCGUCAUGAGUACUUUACCCAGCAGGCCACCAGGCUCAGCCGCAAGAAGUUCAGCCUGCAGUCAGGGAGCAUGGAGGAAGGAGACCAGGACGGUGACGUUGCAGAGAUGGAGGCAAGCAACAACAAUUCAGGCUUGUUGUCUCACAGCUCCAUGGGCACUGGGCAGCUGGAGUCCCCAUUACCUCCCCAGUCGAGCCUGGACCUGGACAAACCAGGAGGAGGGCCGUCCCCGCCGCAGACGAACUCCCCGCUUUCUCUUAAGGCCAUGAACUCGGUCCAGACAGGCCACAGAAAGCAGGCUGGGCCUGCAGAUGGUGAGCUGGUGAUGGAGCUGUCAGACCUGUGUGGUGACGGAUGUCCUCAGCAGUUGUUUGGCUGUCCCUUCUCUCUCCCGCCCAUGGACGACCUGCGGGAUCCCGGCUCAAGCAGUUGUUGUCCCUCAGCUCUGGUUCAGCUCCAGUCCCAGCCCUCCCCCCAGAGCUCCCAGUGGGCUGGCGGGAGCCCUCCGUCCUGCCAUGACGACCAUCGCCUCCCGGGCUCCUGUUUUUACCAGCUCCACAUGUGUGGUGGACCUUUUGCUUCUGAGGGCCCUGACUGUGAUACAGCAGGCGGCGGGACUGGCUCCGCCCACGGGUUGCAGGUGGAAUUCAGCCUGCCGUCUGCCUCACCUCCCUCAUCUUCUGUCCUCCCAUCACACUUCCAAGCAUUUGGCAGCCUGCUGCACUCGUCUCCCGUCCAGCAUCCCCGCUCUCUCACACAGUGAGGGGAAAUGAGGAAAAAACUGAGUGGUACUCCUCAUUGUUUGCCCUGCGUCGAGAUCUUUGAAGAAACCAGGACAAAAAGUGCAUUUACCUAACUUUGUGAAAAAGUAUGGACCUACUACCUGUGUUGGGCAGUUACUCGUCUGUCUGAACCCCAUUUUUUUAUGAAGACACUUGAACCCUACAUGUCCUUUGUGGAGAGACAAUUGUUUAUCAGUACUUUCAGAUGUGUUGAUCAUGUGUUUAUUAACAGUUUAUUACCACAACCUGCACCAGGGUUAUGACUGGUUAUGAUUUAUACAUACUUAUGAAAGCACAGUGCGGGUGAUGAGAGCUACAAUGACCAUGCAAACAAACCAGAGGCAAGGUAAGGGGCUCGCUGCCUUUUUUUCUUAAAUAGAUCAAUUAUUGACAAUGGUAACCACUGUUCCUUUGUUUUCCUAUUUAUCAAAACGGAAUAAUUUAACUGCAGCUCAGAUUUCAUCAAGAGCCAGUCAUGUUUUUUAGGUAUUUUCUGCAUAUUGCUCAGCACUUAAGCUGCUGCAGCCGUUUGAGAUCGGUCUCUGAGAGCCACGGUGACGUGGUCGCCGUAGGUCUGAGCACAGAGUGAAGUCUGUCCCUUCAACUUAGAUAGAAUACUUAAUUUAAACAAGUAGACAUAUUAAAUUAAAUCUGUAAUUGGCUCUGCAUUUUAAUGUAACUUGUGUCUGCCUCCUCCACUCCACCUGUCUGAAAAGGUUUGGUGGAAGAGUCAGUCUUUCUCAAGAAUUUUCCCUAAAUACAAAGAGCCAAAACUUAACAAUGUUUUCUGAGGUUGAGAUUUGAACAUGUUUGAAGAAAAAGGAGUUCAUUCUUUUUGCAUUCUUUUUUUUUUUUUUUUUUUGCUUUUGUGCAAGUUUUCAUCCUUUUUUUCUUUAUUUGAAGAUUUACAUAGAGAUUUAUAAAGGUGCAGUGCUUUGUCAUCAUUUCUGAUCACCGUUUCUAUCAUGUUGAAUAUUUAUUGCCAUUAAGAGCCUGUUUGACAUGCAAAAUAGGUAUCAAAUAAAAUUUGUAAAUGUAAAA